CACUCUCCGACUCACUCUCGAUUUUUGUUCUCAAGUCUCUCUUCGGUCUAAAAUUACUCAACCAGAAGCAUACAGAGAGAGAAAACGUAUUUGGCGUUCAACAAAGCAAAGUUGAUGCAGGUUGCUUAUUUUGAUUUUCAUGGUUUGAAGAUUGAUUAAAUGGGAAAAAGUAGACCUAGGGCUGCAGAGAAGAGGGUUUUAGGGCAGGGUUCAAUUGUUUUAACAUCAAGUUCAUCAUUAACUAUACCACCUGCACCUGUUUAUUACCCUACCGAAGAUGAAUUUAAGGACCCAUUGGCAUAUAUUUAUAAGAUCAGGCCAGAAGCUGAGUCAUAUGGGAUUUGUAAGAUCAUUCCUCCAGAGAGUUGGAAACCCCCUUUUGCCCUAGAUUUGGAUACGUUUUCGUUUCCCACAAAAACCCAGGCCAUUCAUCAGUUGCAAGCGAGGCCUCCGGCAUGCAAUUCAAAGACAUUUGAGUUGGAGUAUAAUAGGUUUUUGGAGGAGCAUUGUGGGAAAAAGGCUGUGAAGAAGAAGGUAGUUUUUGAAGGGAAGGAGUUGGAUCUGUGCAAGUUGUUUAAUGGGGUAAAGCGUUAUGGGGGUUAUGAUAAUGCUGUGAAGGAAAAGAAGUGGGGGGAAGUUUUUCGGUUUGUGAGGUCAGGCGGGAAGGUUUCCGAAUGUUCAAAGUAUGUGCUGUGUCAGUUAUAUAAAGAGCAUUUAUAUGAUUAUGAAAAUUAUUAUAGUAGGUUGGAUCGUGUGAAAGAGAAGAGCUGUAAGAGAGGAAUGCUAGCGGAGAAGAGAAGGGGACAGCAAAGUUGUAAGAGAAGUCGAACCAAUGAAGCAGGUGAGAAAGCUAAACCACGUAAGGUAGAGGAUGAAGAAUAUGAUCAGAUAUGUGAACAAUGCAGAAGUGGCUUGCAUGCAGAAGUGAUGCUUUUGUGUGAUAGGUGCAAUAAAGGAUGGCAUAUAUAUUGUUUGUCCCCACCUUUGAAACGGGUCCCACCUGGUAAUUGGUAUUGCUCGGAGUGCUUCAACUCUGAGAAGGAUAGCUUCGGUUUUGUGCCUGGUAAACAACUGUCCUUGGAAGCUUUUAGGCGUGUGGCUGAUAGAGCAAAGAAGAAAUGGUUUGGCUCAACAUCUGCCUCUAGGGUUCAAUUGGAAAAGAAGUUUUGGGAAAUAGUGGAGGGAUCUGUCGGUGAAGUUGAAGUUAUCUAUGGCAGCGACUUGGAUACUUCUGUCUAUGGUAGUGGCUUUCCCCGUCUAGACAAUCAAAGACCAUCAUCUAUAGAUGUCAAUGGAUGGGAUGAAUACUGUGCUAGCCCAUGGAAUCUUAACAACUUGCCCAAAUUGCAAGGGUCGAUGCUCCGUGCUGUCCAUCAUAACAUUGCUGGCGUUAUGGUGCCCUGGCUUUACAUUGGGAUGCUAUUUUCAUCGUUCUGUUGGCACUUUGAAGACCAUUGCUUCUAUUCAAUGAAUUAUCACCACUGGGGAGAACCCAAAUGUUGGUACAGCGUCCCUGGUAGUGAAGCCAGUGCUUUUGAGAAGGUAAUGCGGAACAGCCUUCCUGAUUUGUUUGAUGCUCAACCUGACUUGCUCUUUCAGCUGGUCACAAUGCUCAAUCCAUCUGUCCUGCAAGAACAUAAUGUUCCAGUUUACAGUGUGUUACAGGAACCUGGCAACUUUGUUAUUACCUUCCCUAGAUCUUAUCAUGGAGGUUUCAACUUCGGCUUAAAUUGUGCAGAAGCCGUAAAUUUUGCUCCGGCUGAUUGGUUACCUUACGGUGGUUUUGGAGCAGAACUUUAUCAGCACUAUCGCAAAGCUGCGGUCUUGUCUCAUGAAGAGCUGCUUUGUGUGGUUGCGAAGAAUGAUUUUGAUGCCAAUGCGUUACCAUACUUGAAGAAUGAGUUGCUUCGCAUAUACAAUAAAGAAAAGAGUUGGAGAGAACGGCUUUGGAAGAAUGGUAUUAUUAGUUCUUCACUCAUGGCUCCUCGAGAGCAGCCAAACUAUGUUGGUGUUGAAGAGGAUGCGACUUGCAUCAUAUGUCAGCAGUUCUUGUAUCUUUCAGCUGUUGGUUGCAGCUGCAGACCUUCUGCUUUUGUUUGUCUAGAGCAUUGGGAAAACCUGUGUGAAUGCAAGCCCCGCAAACGACAUUUUCUUUAUCGCCACACACUUGCAGAAUUAAAUGAUUUGGUCAUUAUGAUGGACAAGCAUAGUUCUGAGGACACAAUCCAAAAGAGGAACACAAGAAAGCAUUUGACGUGUACCAAUGAGUUACCCUCUUUAUCGAAGAAGAUUAAAGGUGGCCAUAUGACAAUUGCGCAACUUGCUGAAGAAUGGCUCUUGAGGUCUUGUAAAAUUCUUCAGAUGCCAUAUUCAAAUGAUGCUUAUGCCAGUGCCUUGAAAGAAGCGGAACAGUUCCUUUGGGCUGGUUCUGAAAUGGAUCCAGUGCGAGAACUGGCUAAAAAUUUGGCUGAAGCUCAGAAUUGGGCAGAAGGCGUAAGAGAUUGUCUUUCAAAAAUCGAAUUGUGGGGAUCUCACCAUAACUCUGAAGUGGAGAGAGUAAAGAUGGAAGACGUGAACACUUUGCUUAAUGCCAACCCUGUGCCUUGUAAUGAACCUGGGCAUCUGAAGUUAAAGGGUUAUGAAGAAGAAGCAAGGGAGCUGAUUCAAGAAAUAUGUUCUGCUCUUUCAACAAGCUCCAAUGUCUCUAUUGUGGAUUUGGAAACCUUGUGCUCUAAAGCUCGUGAGUCUGCUAUAUAUGUACAAGAAAGCGAGAGAUUAUUGACCAAGCUGUCAGCUGUGAAGCUAUGGCUACACACUGUAAGAAAUUGCAUAUCAGAGAAAUCUCCUGGGGUGAUCGAGGUUGAUAUCCUCAAUAGCUUGAAGUCAGAGAUUGUAGAACUUCAACUUCAACUUCCUGAAGUCCCAAUGUUUUUGGAUUUUGUAAGGCAAGUUGAAUUAUGUCAGUCUCGAUCUACUGAGAUAUUGAGAGGUUCUAUAACUUUAAAGAACCUUGAAGUACUUAUCCAAGAAUAUGAUGGUUUUACUGUUGAUGUUCCGGAGUUAACACUUUUGAGGCAAUAUCAGCAUGAUGCCUUUGACUGGAUUUCACGCUAUAAUGAUGUUGUGAAGAAUAUUCAUGAGCGGGAGGAUCAAGAAAACGUUGUUGAUGAGUUGAUCUGCCUUGAGAAAGAUGGAUCAUUGUUGAAAGUUCAAUGUCUGCUCUAUUCCUAUUCACCUAUUUUUCAUUUCAAUCAUAUUACAGAUAUAACUGUUGUAUUUGUGUACACUUCCAAGUAUAUGGUCAUUUUAAUUGCUUUAUUUUGUGAUGUAGUUGAUGAGUUGCUUCUCGUUGAUGUCGAGUUAAAGAAGGCUUCUUGCAGGGUAGAAGCUUGGAAGGUGCUGAGUGGUAAAAUGCCUUUGGACUCUAUUCAGCAAGUAAUGGCUAUGGCCAUCAAACUACAAAUUGACAACGAGAAGGUGUUCAAGAAAAUUUCUGAUGUACUUGCUCAAGCUGUGCGUUUGGAAGAAAAAGCAAAACAUAUUCUUGCUUGUGAGGUUCAGAUGUCUGAUUUUGAGGAUGUUGUAAGGAUGUCAGAAGACCUUUGUGCACUUUUACCUUCUCUUGAUGGUGUCAAGGGAGCUUUGUCUAUGGCGAAGUCCUGGUUGAUUAAGUCCAAACCAUAUUUAGUUUCCGAUCUCUCUAUAUCGUCAGUUGGAAAUGCUUUGCUUAAAGUUGAUGACCUGAAGGAGUUGGUUUCGGAAUCAAAGUUACUGAAGAUAUAUUUGAAAGAGCGGUCUUUGCUUGAAAAUGUUUUACAUAAUUACAUGGAGUUGGAGCAUAAUGCCUGUUCUGCGCUGCAUGAUGCAGAGUCACUGCUGAAUAUUCUUGAUGUCAGUGAGAUGUCCUCUGAUCUAAUCUCCAAGAUUGAAGAUCAGGUUGCUAAGAUGGAGUCCAUAAUGAAGGCGGAGUUAUCACUUCGUUUUGACUUCCUUGUGAUUCCAAAGCUACGAGAAACUUGUGCGAUUCUCCAUUGGUGCUUUAAGGCCCUUACUUUCAGGGCUGUUGAUCCCACACUAAAGGAAGUUGAAAUGUUAUUGGAGGAUGCAGGACAUCAUCAUGUUAUAUAUACAUCUCGUCCUUUCUGGAGGUCAUUGGUUGACGGGAUUAAUUGGCUUAAGAAAGCUGUUGAGAUCCUGGACCCAUGCAGCCUUAAAAGAUUUGAUCUGAGUGAUGUUGAAGAAACUCUGAGACAAUCUAAGAUAAUUAAAAUAUCCUUUCCGUUGAUUGUUGACCGAUUAGUUGAUGCUAUCAAGAGACACAAUGUAUGGGUGGACGAAGUGAAAGCAUUUUUCACCUGCAGUACUGGAGAUCGGUCAUGGUCUUUGUUAUUGCAGCUCGAGAGUCUUGGCAGCACCAAUGCUUUUAAUUGCAUGGAAAUGGACAUGGUUGUAUCUGAAGUUCAGAGGGUUAGAGAAUGGAAGCAGAGAGGCGGAGACAUUGUUGGGGUUAAAGCUGGUGAUGAUAAUCUGCUACUCAAUGCUCUAUCUCGGAUCAUAGAUGCUCUAGACAGAUCUUUGUAUGUAUAUAACAAGCCUGAUGGCUGUAACCGAAGAAGUUUAGAAUGUAUGUUAUGCUCAAAUGAGGCUCAGGAUCAGGAACUCUUGACUUGUUCUGUGUGCAUGGAAUGCUACCAUAGGCAGUGCAUAAAACCAACUUCCAGUGGUACAAGUCAUGCAGCAGCUUACAUAUGUCCUUACUGUCAUAUCAUUGAGAGCGGCAAAGUCUCACGGCUGAAAAUUGAUGCAAAACGUCCUGAGUUGGAUAAGUUUAUGGAGCUUCUUUCUGAUGCUGAUAAUCUAUGUCUCGAUAUUGAAGAAAAGGCCAUAAUACGUCAAAUUGUUGAGAAAGCUCUGGCAUACAAAGCUUGCUUGACUGGAAUUGUUGAAUUUUCCUUGAGUUCGCUUGGCGAAGACCCAAGCAUGGUUAUUUGGAAACUAUCCACUGCUUUAAAGGCAGUAGAAGUGGCUGGGGUCUAUGAUCGCCAAUGUAAUUGCAAAUUUGAGCUUGCAUUAGCUCGAAAUUCAUGGAGAGUUCGAGCAUCUAAGUUAUUAAAAGCUUCGCAAAAGCCAUCAAUCCACCAGAUUCAGCGGCUACUGAAAGAGGGUCUCACUAUAAGUGUUCCUACAGAAGACUAUUUCUGGCAUAGACUUACGACAAUAAAGCACAUUGGUUUGCAAUGGGCAACGAAGGCCAAAAAGGUUUCGGCGGAUUCUGGUGCACUUGAAUUGCAUAAAGUUUUUGAACUGAUAGCGGAAGGCGAAAGUUUUCCUGUGCACUUCGAAAAGGAACUCAAGUUACUGCGAGAACGUAGUAUGCUUUACUGCAUUUGUAGGAAGCCAUAUGAUCAGAGACCAAUGAUUGCUUGUGAUAAAUGUGACGAAUGGUAUCACUUUGAUUGUAUCAAAUUGUCUUCGGCACCAAAGAGUUACAUUUGCCCUGCAUGUAAGGUCGAUACAGCAAACGAGGAUAAAUGUACUUCAUCAUCAAUUGAACAAGAAAGGUCAAAUGGGGAAUGCGAAGAGCCUCAAACGCCAUCUCCGAGACCAGUGGAGUUGAGAAGGGAAGCAGAGAGAUCAAAGAUGGCGGAAAGCAAUGAUAUUAGCCGAAGGCGAUGCAGUGGUAUUGAACGCCUCUUAUGGAGAAACCGAAAGCCUUUUAGAAGAGCGGCUAAAAAACGUGUAGAGCUCGAGAUUUUUUCUCCAUUUUUUCAUGUACAUGAAUGAAAUGUUAAAAGAGAGGUGGAUUAAAUGGGAAUUUGAUCAUUUAAUUCAUAUUCAAUUUAUUCUUAGGUUUUAGUUUUAUGUAUUAGCCUUUUCUUCUUCUUUUCUUUUGAUGACAAACUGUAUUUUGUCAUCUCAUAGUUAUCAUAACUCUUUGGUUUAGUUGUAAUGUUGAACCUUUUUGUUUUUACCCAACACAAAACAUUCUUGAAGGCCUCUUCUAUCUAUAGUUGAUAAUUUAUAAAGCUUAGGGACC